GUACGGUAAAAGUGCUCUUCUCUUCCUUUCUAUUUCGAUUUGAUUUAUCGGGUUUGGGUCUCGGCUUUCGAUUCCAAUUUCGAUUUCCCCUUUUGUCAAUUGAUUAGGGACUGAUUGAUCAACCAAGGCUUCUCGGGCAAUCAGGUGAAUAGAAGUGAGAUUAGGCUAUGUGGGUUUUGUAUGUUUUACAGAUUUGCUAUGAAAGUUCAUUUCUAAGAAGGAAGGUAGUGUUGGAUGAGAAUGAGAUUAAACUAUUGCAGAAAUGGACCACGACGAGACAGGAUGCCAAAGCCCACCUGAAGGUCCCAAGCUAUGCAUCAACAACUGCGGUUUCUUCGGAAGCUCUGCCACAAUGAACAUGUGUUCCAAGUGUCACAAGGCUAUCCUGUUUCAACAGGAACAGGGGGCUAGGUUUGCAUCUGCAGUGUCUGGUUGUACAUCUUCAUCCAGCAACAUCUUAAAGGAAACCUUUGCUGCUACCGCGCUGGUUGAUGCUGAAACCAAAUCCGUUGAGCCGGUGGCCGUCUCUUUACAGCCAUCUUCUGUCCAAUUCGUCGUCGCAGAGGUAGUAGCUCCAGAAGCCUCUGCAGCAAAACCAAAGGAAGGACCAAGCCGAUGUGCUACUUGCAAUAAACGGGUUGGUUUGACUGGAUUCAAAUGUCGCUGUGGUGACCUCUUCUGUGGGACGCACCGUUAUGCAGACAUACACAACUGCUCCUUCAAUUACCAUGCCGCUGCGCAAGAAGCUAUAGCUAAAGCAAACCCGGUUGUGAAGGCAGAAAAGCUUGACAAAAUCUGAAGAACUCAAAACUCAAACACCAAAGUGAUAGACUACGACCUCCUUAGGAGCAUUUAGAAUUGGAAAUGAAGGUUUAGAAUUUUACAUAUUUAUUAUUAUUGCCUACUAAGGUGUUUACUCCUAUAAGAGGGAGACAUUUGAUUCUAAUAAAAUCAUCCAUUAAGAGAUCAAAGAAA